CACAUCCUCGCUUCCAAGAUGACAAAGAAAAGAAGGAACAACGGUCGUGCCAAAAAGGGCCGUGGCCACGUGCAGCCUAUUCGCUGCAGGCACUGCCCCCGAUGUGUGCCUGCAGACAAAGCCGUAAACAAGCUCGUCCUUCGGAACAUAGUGGAGGCCGCAGCUGUCAGGGACAUUUCUGGAGCAAGUGUCUUGGAUGCCUGUGUGCUUCCCAAGCUGUCUGUGAAGCUAUGGCACUGUGUGAGCUGUGCCAUUCACAGCGAGGUAGUCAGGAAUCGUUCUGGGGAAGCCCGCAAGGACCGAACACCCCCAGCCCGAUUUAGACCCGCGGGUGCUGCCCCAAGACCUCCACCAAAGCCCAUGUAAGGAGUAGAGUCCUUGAGGACUGAAGAAAAACUAUCCUUUGGGAAAAAUUAAAAUGGAAA